AUGGAGGCCUGCCAUCAUGGGGAGUGGGGGAUCUUGUCCACCAGCAGUCCUGGGGUGCCCCGUAACGCGCUGCGCCGUGCCCUGCAUGAGACAGCCACAAAAUCUUUACAAAUCCAGUUGAAAGCCACAGCAACCUUAGAAAAAUGUUUGCGUGCUCCCCAGCCCCCUUCCUAUGUCCACAUCAUAAAUGUUAGAAUUCAUUAUGGCUUCAUCUGCCGCCUUAUUUUCACACGCCACCCGAUCCCCCUAGGUGAUUCCGUUCAACUCCAUGGCUUCCGCAACCACCUGAAAGCUGCGUUGAAAGAUUUGGAUAACAAAAUGAUUGGGAGCAGCGGCGUGUCUGCAGGGGAUGCUGGGACCCAAGCAGGGAUGCUGCUGGGCUGGUGGACGUUCCUACCCCGGAACUGGAGGCUUUGUGGGUUCCCAGCCCAGCGAGCUUUUUCUCUUCGCGGCUUCUUUGAGAGCAUUAAAAACCACUCCUAUGUCCAAACUCAGCCAGAGUGCAGCCUCCAUCCAGCAAGUGAAUGCUCACUGAACGAGGUGCUGGGUCCAGAUGCACAAGACACGGCCUUCAUUGUCACAAAGAUCAGAAUCCAUGGGGGAGACCUGGUGUCCUUCAGUAAGUUCAGUGCUACAUAUGUGCAUAAAGUCCCAUGUAAGAACAUAGAUGUGGCAGGGAUCGGCGCAGAAAUGGGCUUUCUGGCUUUCCUUCACCUCACGUCACUUCGCCUCAGCCCUAGGCGAGUGCCAGCCGAGCCCAUCCACACUACCUUUGCAGGAGAAGGAGAAGCGGAAGAGCUAGAGAAGCACCUGUCAAGGAUGCUGGAGGAGACCCCUCCGAUUUGGGAUGGCCAGGGCUCCUGUCCGGCCAAGGAGCAGUUCCUCAGCCUGACUCCCUCCUGUCUGCUGCAAGCUCUCCUUUCAGCGAACUUCCACUUUUCUCUUUCAGGGCUGGGAGAGGGUUCUGCCCUCCUUCAUCCUGACAGCAGAUCCCAUCCCAGAUCCUUAGAGAAAAGUGCCUGGAGGGCUUUCAAGGAAUCACAGUGCCAUCACAUGCUCAAACAUCUCCACAAUGGCGCCAGGAUCACUGUGCAGAUGCCACCAGCGAUCGAGGGCCACUGGGUGUCCACUGGCUGUGAAGUGAGGUCGGGCCCAGAGUUCAUCACAAGGUCCUACAGAUUCUACCACAACAACACCUUCAAGGCCUACCAGUUCUAUUAUGGCGGCAACAGGUGCACGAGCCCCACCUACACCCUCGUCAUCCGGGGCAAGGUCCGCCUGCGCCAGGCCUCCUGGAUCAUCCGCGGGGGCACUGAGGCUGACUACCAGCUGCACAAUGUGCAGGUCGUCUGCCACACGGAGGCCGUCGCCGAGAGGCUCAGCCAGCUGGUGAACCGCACGUGCCCCGGCUUCGUGCCCGCCGGGGGCCCCUGGGUGCAGGACGUGCCCUACGACCUGUGGCGAGAAGAGAAUGGCUGCGAGUGCACCAAGGCCGUGAACUUCGCCAUGCACGAGCUGCAGCUCAUCCGCGUGGAGAAGCAGUACCUCCAGCACAACCUGGACCGCCUGGUGGAGGAGCUCUUCCUCGGGGACAUCCACACCGACGCCUCGCAGAGGAUGUUCUAUCGGCCGUCCAGUUACCAGCCCCCGCUGCAGAAUGCCAAGAACCACGACCAGGCCUGCAUAGCCUGCCGCAUCAUCCACCGGUCAGAUGAGCACCGCCCGCCGCUCCUGCCCCCCAAGGCCGACCUGACUGUCGGGCUGCACGGCGAGUGGGUGAGCCAGCGCUGCGAGGUGCGGCCCGAAGUCCUCUUCCUCACGCGCCACUUCAUCUUCCAUGACAACAAUAACACCUGGGAAGGGCAUUACUACCACUACUCCGACCCCGUCUGCAAGCACCCCACCUUCACCAUCUAUGCCAAGGGCCGCUACAGCCGGGGCGUGCACUCCUCCAGGGUCAUGGGAGGAACUGAGUUUGUGUUCAAAGUGAACCACAUGAAGGUCACCCCCAUGGAUGCGGCCACAGCCUCGCUCCUCAACGUCUUCAAUGGGAACGAGUGUGGGGCCGAGGGCUCCUGGCAGGUGGGCGUCCAGCAGGACGUGACCCACACCAACGGCUGUGUGGCGCUGGGGAUCAAGCUACCUCACACCGAGUACGAGAUCUUCAAAAUGGAGCAGGAUGCCCGCGGCCGCUAUCUGCUCUUCAACGGCCAGAGGCCCAGCGACGGGUCCAGUCCGGACAGGCCUGAGAAGAGAGCCACCUCCUAUCAGAUGCCCUUAGUCCAGUGUGCGUCUUCUGCGCCCAGAGCCGAGGACUUCUCCGAGGACCACCGGGGUCACCAGUAUGGGAGCCGGGCGCCAGGGAGGAGCGCUCGUCCCCUGCUCCUGGCCGUGCUUGCUGGCCUUUUGACUCUCCUGCAGUGGCACGUCCUCAGAUAGAAGUUGUUAAAAAGCUGCAUAUUUUUCCACGCCAGGAUUCCUUACAACUUACAGGUUUUCUUUACAAAAAGGAAGGACACUUCUUGUGAUGCACUUGAAUGGCCGAGAACUGUGGCUCCUUUUCUGCUGUCCGGCCCCCUCCCUCCCGGCCUGAGUCCUGAGCAGCGCUGUUUGAAGUUCCUGCUUUGAACUCUGUCCAUGGGAUCCCAGGCCUGGGUGCCUUCUCGAGAGUAAUUGCACUUUAAGACCGCAGAGAGUGUUGAGCUAGUGUGUGUGGUAGAGGGGGCAGGGUGACAGCUAAGUCCUCUUCUUUUCUUCCUUGUAAUUAUUAUUAAAUUUCCGAGUUAAACUUAAAUGGAUAUCAAGCUAUGGCGUUUUUUGCCACUAUACCGCAGUCGCUUCCUGUCUUCCCUCAAAACUGCUUUAUGAGCUGGGAAUCCAGUGUGGAGUUGGUUUGGAACUGCAAUCAAGACACCUUUCAUUAAUAAAGAAGAGACUUGGGUGUAGAUAUGUACAUAGGGAAAGACACAGGGUUUAGCUUAACCACCUCGACAGCCUUUAUGCAAAAAAAAGGAGGGAAUCCAAGCUUUCAGAUGUUGAGUGCAAAAGUAUCUGGAAUUAAAGUUUCAACAUAAUUUAAAGUAUCAUUGUUUUAACUGGUGGGGAAAGGAGACUCGGCUUCUGGGUGGCUGCAGGACGCACACUGCUUUAUUCCUGCUCCGUUGACGAGGGCGGUUGAGCAAAUAUCAAAAGCAGUACAGACAGGAACAGUGACCUCCGGGAUGGUCACAGUGUGUUAAAUGCCACCUUACUGAUAGAAAGUGCCUGUUCCUUCCACAGUUGCCUCUUCGUGGGACCGUCGUCCUGGCUCAUGCUGUUUCUGGUGAGGGGCGACCAGACAUCUUCACUCUGCCAUCUCUGCUGCCUUCAAAGAUGACUGUUCAGAGACCACGCUUUGCUGUUAAGGGGCCUGGCUGUUCAGAGAGUGCAGUGAAGGCACCCUCACGGGGGCUGCACUAGACCCUCGACUCGUGUGAAACCCAGGCUCUGGGUAAAGCCGCUUUCUCAUCGGACAUGCCAGCUUGACUCGAUUUCUGUCCUGCUGUUGCCUUGGCCGUGUGGCAGAGAGUCUCAGGGUCACCUUCUACAGAAUCCGUGAGCGUCUUCCUCACAGGCACUGGGAGGGCGCCUGAGUCACGUCUGCCCAUUACUUUGGAUUAUUACAAACGGUGCUGUCUGCACACCAAGUGCUAUUGCUAAUAGAGACUGAUGGAGGGAAAUAGCAAGUCACUGAAAGCCUGGAUGCGACCGGAAGUGAGCAUCAAACCAUGAUCAAGGUCAAGAGUCAUACUUGUAUUUAAAAAUUAACUUUAUGAAAUGCUGUAGCAUUCAGGAUGGUGAUAAGUUAAAUGGAUAGCAUGGAGCACCAAAGUGCUUUAUCUUUAGAAUAUAUUUGAAGUUGUGGUGCAUACUGAGGGGGUUUAUUCAAAUGAAAAUACUAACUUAAAUGUCUGCCAAGUUUCAUAAACAAAGA